AUACCAACAACAUAAUGGCGGCAGUCAUAGACGCCGUCAAUGCAUUGUUGGCCUCUGGUGAACACAGACAUAUUUUAUCCGUAAUUAAAGGAUUUCGAAAUGGAGCGGUCUACGGUGCGAAGAUUCGAUUUCCUCAUGCUCUUGUUAUGACAUUUUUGUUUAGGAAUGGAAGUCUCAGAGACAAGAUCAAGGCAAUUGUGGAAGCUACAUAUACACAUUCAAGAAACUUAGCACUUUUUGUGUUUGCGUUUAAAGGUUUAACAUCCACUUUGUCAUGGGGGGAAUCGAAAUCUCAUCAGCUUCAUGCUUUCCUCUCUGCAUUUUGUGCUGGCUUUGUCAUUUUUGGCAAAUACAAUAAAGUUAAUGAACAAAUCAAUCUUUACCUAUUAUCAAGAGUAAUAUAUGGCUUAGCAAAACUGCUAGUCCAGAAGAAAAUAGUUCCAGAGCCCCAAACCAAUAUAUUCCCAUGGUUUGCUGCCAUCAUGUGGGGAACAACUCUAUGGUUAUUUGAGUAUCAGCAAUCUUGUCUCCAGUCCUCGCUAGUCUCCUCAAUGACCUACAUUUAUAAGGAUAGUGAGAAAUGGACAAGUCUCAGGGAUUUCUUGCUAUAUAAUGAGUAACUUAGACAAAAGAUCUGUCACUACAACCUGCAUGUGGUCUAGUAAAUGAACCAAGCUUGCUUGUAGUACAGUGACAACAUUACCACCAGCUACACAUGAAUUUAAAAAAAUGUUUUAUCAGUGACAACACAUAAGUAACAGUAUAUAAUACAGUGGACACAAAACUAUUUGAUUUGCUGAUUGUAAAUUUGUGCUUCACACAAGAUCCCAGUGCAAACAAGUUUUUUUUAAAUUACUUGUCCACUGCUUCUUGAUGACAAGUCUAAACUUGUCUGUUCCUUGUCUUUCAUAGAAUUUUACUCCAGCAGUAAUUGAAAUUGACAAACAUUUUUGAUGAAACAAAACUCCUUUACAAAUAUUCAACUGUGUUUAUAUAAAUAUUUCCCUAAAUUGGUUAUCCCACUGUACUUUUAUUUAUGAGUUAAAAAGAUCUCAUUCUUAAAGCUUAUUUUUUUAGAACAUUUUAGACACAGACUUAGGAAACUUUUUUUUCUGAAAUCAUUAUGUCAAUAAAUAGGAACUUUGUUAAAUUAUAUUUCAUUACAAUAGCAGAGAGAUAAUGUUUCAAAUAUGUCAUUUGAAGAAAAAUCCUCAUAGAUAAUAAUAGGUAAUUUGUUAAUGCUUGGCAUUUUAAAAACUAAGUGUGAAAGGUUACGUUGAUCCAUUUUUUAAGAGCCUUUUUUUUAAAAUAUUUUUCCUAGAACCAAUUAACUAACAGAAUAUUUAAUUAAUGGGCAUUGAUAUUUUUAUGCAUUAAUAAGUAAAUAAUUGAUCCCAAGUUCCACAUUCAAGGUUACUUAGCUUGCACAACCUGAACCACCAUGGACUGGCUUCUGUUGCAUGCACUGAACAGUGACCUUGCCGUGUUGGCUAAGUGAAUACAGUCAUGUUCAGACUGUACCUGGACAGUUCUUGUCAAAUAUAUUUUUAAUUCUCUUGGGUUUACCAUAUCUAGUUUUAAAAGCAACUGGUUCUUCAUACAUACUAAAGAGAUGUUACACAACUGUAUCAACCAUCCCAAAUGUCUGAACCUCAAUUAAUGACUACCCUCAUAUCCAGUGAAAAAUACAAUGUCAUAGUAACAGUUGGCUAAAUACAUUUAUUUGUUUGCUUUUAUACUUUGAUUUUAUUCUUUGAUUUUUUUUCUUGCAUUAGGUUUUUAAAAAAGCAAAAUGCAAAGAAAUCCUCAAUUUUCUCCAGAUUGAUUAUUUUUUUAGGAAGAAAAAAAAUUACUCACUAUCUCUUGCUUAUUUAGCUUGGUUUCUUCCUGUCACUUAAAAAAUAUUGGUAGCUUCAUAGAUAUUUUAAGUUCACUAAUUUGAUUAAAAUCAACAUAUGCUUUAUAGUUUAACAGGCAAUUGAUUUUUUUUAAAAGGUUGUUUUAUCAUGCAUUAUGUUUGCUUACUUAAGCAAUAGAGAAUGCUUCAGUGAUAUGCAAUGCUAUAAUGUCAGAGUAAAUAUUUUUUCCAUCUGUUA